AUGGACGCCCGCCUCCCGCGCUGCCCCGCGCCUAAGGGAGGUCCGCCCCUCCCGCACUGCCCCGCGGCGGCGGGAACCAGCACGGCCAGCCCCGUCGCGGCGGUGUGUGGCACCCUGCGCGCGGGCAGCCCCAGCGCGGUGGCACCGCCACGGACCAGCCUGCCCCGAUGCAGGCGCCCCCUCCGCCUACGGCCCUCUCCUUCGCAUGGAAGCUGCACCAGUGUUGUCCUCCAGGAGCCUCAACACGAGCUCUGCCUAUUGAGUAUUUAUUGCUUCGUUGCAAAAAACGUCAUGCAAGAGCGAGGUUCCGAAACUCUCUACUUGCUGUUUGGAUUUUGUGAUCCCCAGCCAAUUUUGAAGGUGCUACGACUCCGUUGGGCUACUGUCGUUUCCAUGGUGCAGUCUGCUGAUUUGUUAUCGCUGUGUAAGUUCGGGUCCUUCUACAGGAUACUUGCGAAAUUAGGUUACGACAAUUGUCCAGUUGUGUUUGCGUCACCAACAUUUCCCUUCGUCGUGCUUACCUAA